AAUUCAUACUGGACAUGAUCGUUUUCUUUACUGCACUGUUCUAUCUGCUGUCCAGCAGCCAGGAGAAAUAUGCUCCACUGCAGAUCACCAAAUAUAUGGGCUACUCUACCUCGGGCAUUAAGGUCGCCGAUGCGCUGGAAAACUCCAUUACCGUCGUGCUCAUCUCCAUGUUCAAAUGCGCCACUUUUACGGGUCUCUUUACUUGGCUGGUGUACACGGUCUUUGGAGCACGCAUUGUCUUUCUACCCUCCGCUUUGGCUGCGAUGCUGGCAGCUGCUCCUUUCUUGGGUAGCUACUGGUGUGCGGUGCCAGCGUUUCUGGAACUGUGGCUGGCCCAGGAUCGCUUUUAUGCGGGCGUGCUGCUCUUUUUACUGCAAUUCUUUGUGCCAUCCUCUUUUGAGACAGCCAUCUAUGCGGAUCUGAAAGGUGGCGGACAUCCAUAUCUUAAUGGUCUGGCCAUUGCUGGCGGCAUGUAUUGGAUUGGCUGGCAAGGUGCCAUCUUUGGGCCACUCAUGCUGUGCUUCUUCAUUGGCCUCUUCGAGGUAGCCACUUUGGCGAUGCGCAACAAUCAGGAGCCCAGGCGCAGUUCGGAUGAGGAGACGCGCACUACGUGAGUUCUGCGAGGGAUUUAAAUCGAAAGAACUAAAAAAAAAAUGCUACGAAUUUCCUGCUCGAAAUGCAAACUAACCAAUCAUUAGCCAACUUCACAGCAACUUGGCUAACCAACUGAACUAAUCCUUAAUCCAAUAAAAUUUUGACAGUUUUAUGCAUUUUCCUUAAUUAGCUUUUAUAUUUUUUGAAUUUUCUGUUUCGCUAUUCUGUUGAUAUUUUGCACUAAAUUUAAAAAGUAUUGCAAAAAAAAAAAGAAAAUACGAUUCCGUCUUGUAAUCUCUGUAUUAAAAUUAAACAACCUAACGUACUAACUAAUUACGUAUAAGACUCGAUACUCUUGAAAAGCUUUAAAGUAGUUUGUUGUGAGCUUAAUUGAAAAGCUGUUUAAUUGUAAAGGCUUUAAGCAAAUGCUUUUCAAGGGUAUUUGCGCUUCGAUCUGCCGAAGAUAGCUUUCUAGUUGUAGUAUUUACCACUCAUUUUAUUUCCUUUAUAUUGUACAUAACUCGAAAAAGAAAAGAAUUUGUAUUUUAAAGCUUGACUCCGCAAGAACAGUACCUUAUUUUGUGCUCGCUACAAAUGUGAUUUGUUUAAGCUUAAGUUAAAAGUUCAUGUUCCGUUGCGAAUAAACGUCAUUUACAUACUAAC